AUGGCCUCUUACAUCAGCCCAGUCCUGCCCACGGGCACCAGCGUCGACCCUCGCGCCGUUGCGUUCUUCGAUACGUUCUACAGGACAUCAGACACCCCGACGGCACACGGGCAAUAUGCGAAAUUGUUUCUUCCGGACGCCACGUUGAUCAUGGCCUCGAAGAAGGCUGCUGGCUUUGACCAGAUCCUGGCCCUCCGGCAGGGAAUGUGGGCGGCUGUUGCGGCUCGCUCGCACGCAGUCUCAAAGAUAUUCCCUUUCGGCUCCGGCUCCAACGAGUUUAUGUUGUACGGGACUGUCAAGUACACGUCAAAGACCGGACAGGACUCUGGCAAGGAAUGGGCAGCCCAUGCCGAGCUCGUGGAAGAUGCAAGCGGGGAUCUCAAGCUUCAGUUCUACCAGGUUUACCUAGAUACUGCCGCGCCGGCCUCUUAG